GAAGCUUCACAACCUAAUAAUUUUUGUGGUAAACUUGAGAGGAAGCAAAGAUGAUUCUCACUUUGCUUUUUCAAACAAAAUAGAAACAAGCUCUGCUCGAGCUUUCUCAAAGGCAUUCGCCAAAUUCCCAAGUUUUCUACCAACUAAGUAACGGAGCAAAAUUAGGCAUGCCACCACACAAUUUAGCUAUUGGCCCGAUAAACUUCCCUCCUUGAAUUCCCUUAUCAACUGCUCCCGGGCUGAAUGCAGCAAUUAAAACUCAACUUGUCUUCACCUAGACACGAACCCAAAGCUCUACAUCAUUUAUCAGAACCUCACUACGUCUCUCUUAUCACUCUCUCAUUUCUAGAACCUCGCCACCGACGCCCCUCAUUUUCUCUCUUCUAAAACCCAAAGCAGCGUCUCUCUCUCUCUUUCUCUCUCUCCCUCCUUUGAUGGCGAAGGUGAAGCAGCUUCUCUCUCUCCACCAUCUCUUCCCCAGAACCCACCGUCUCUUUCCCAAAACCCACCGUUUCUUUCCGAAAAUUGCAGAUCGAACACAAACCCCUUUUCUUUUCUCUCUCUCCCCGGGUCACAAACCCCAACCCCUCUUCGCAUAUCACAAACAAGCUGAAAAGGAAGAUGGAAACCAAGAACGCAGAUCAUUCUCCACCAUUUCACGGAUCGCAGAUCACAAAGAUCCAGAUUGCCGGCCUCCUUUCACAAUGGCCAUUGGAAGUACACGCUUUUUUAGUGAAGAUGUGACCCACUUUCCUGACAUAAAAGACCCUGAAAUUCUAUUUGUUUUUAAGGACUUAAUGGCUGCAAGUUGGGAUGAGCUUCCAGAUACACUCAUCAGUGAUGCAAAUAAGGCUUUGUCUAAAAAUACAGACGACAAGGCUGCCCAAGAAGCUGUGGCAAAUGUUUUCCGUGCAGCUGAGGCAGUCGGGGAGUUUAGCGGAAUGCUCGUGUCUUUGAGGAUGGCAAUUGAUGACAGCACUGGAAUGGGUGGCGAGGAUGUAAAACCCUUGCCGGAGGAAUUUGUGAACGCAUUGCGUACAGUCUAUCAAAGAUAUACUGCAUAUUUGGAUGCUUUUGGGCCAGAAGAGACCUAUUUGCGUAAGAAAGUUGAGACUGAGCUUGGAACGAAAAUGAUACACUUAAAGAUGAGGUGCAGUGGUAUUGGUUCUGAGUGGGGAAAGGUUACAGUUCUGGGGACUUCUGGACUUUCAGGUUCCUAUGUUGAGCACAGAGCUUAGUUUCUUGGAGAUGGUUAAAAGCAUCAUGUCUUCAUGUUGUCUUUUCUCUUGGGGAACUUUAUUCAUGUUUGUUCCUCUUUCAGACAUUAUACUGGUGUUGUCAUUAAUCUUUAAAUAAAUCCAGUUUGAUCUCA